UCAGCAGGCUCCUGAGGUCGAGCUCCAGAUCACUCAUCCUUUGCUAAAACUACAGGCUCAAAGCAAAAUAAGACACCAUGAGGCUUUGCAUUUCUCUCCUGCUGGUCACUCUAGCCCUUUGCUGCUACAAGGCCAAUGCAAUAGUCUGCCCAUCUCUUCUUAACGAAUUAGCAAACUUCUUACUUGGUAAUGACAAACUACACAAGAUACUACUUGAAUCCUAUGGUGCACCCCCAGAAGCUGUUGCAGCCAAGGUGGAAGUGAAGAAAUGUGUAGACCAGAUCUCCUUGGGACACAGAUUGCGUCUUUCAGAAAUACUGGCAAAAAUUGUGUUGGAUUGUUCUUAGCUAUGUGAACCCUAAAUUACUUCCAUCCUUCAACAAUAAUCUGAUCUUCAC